UGGAGCAGAAGAUGGUUGCAAUGGCUCGAAGAUCUGAACUGGGCUGUAUGGCUGACUGUUUAUUUUGUGGAGUUUGUAACAAUCCCAGCCGCCGCCCGCUCCAAGAUCCAAAUCUGCAUCUUAUUAAUUGUAUAAUUCCAAGAUGAAAUUUAAUCUGGUCAGCCAAUUUCUGCAGCGACGACUUCUCGGGAACACAUAGUUCCUCCGUCUCUGCUUUGAAGGGAAUUGAUAUGGGCAAAUUCAUUUGAGUUGAGAUUCGAAUCGCGAAAUGGGUUGCGGGAAUUUGUUCUUCUUGGUUCUUGUAACCUUCUCCGUAGCCCUAAUUACCUACAACAUCAUCAUCUCUGCUAAUGCCCCUCUUAAGCAAGAGCUUCCUGGUCCAUCGAGAUUUUCGUCUUCCAUUACUAUCGACCCUGUGAUUAAGAUGCCGGUGGAUAGAUCGAAGUCUUCUUCCUCCAAGCGACUGUUCCAUACGGCCGUCACUUCCUCGGAUUCGGUUUACAACACUUGGCAGUGUCGGAUCAUGUACUAUUGGUUCAAGAAGUUCAAGGAUGAACCUAAUUCUGAGAUGGGUGGUUUCACCAGGAUCUUGCACUCGGGGAAGCCCGACAAGUAUAUGGAUGAAAUUCCCACGUUUGUUGCUCAGCCUCUGCCGGCGGGAAUGGAUCAGGGCUACAUAGUCCUCAAUAGACCGUGGGCGUUUGUGCAAUGGCUUCAAAGUGCGGACAUCAAGGAAGAUUACAUACUCAUGUCAGAGCCGGAUCAUAUUAUUGUCAAACCUAUACCAAAUUUAUCUAAGGAUGGGCUUGGGGCUGCAUUUCCUUUCUUUUACAUUGAACCCAAGAAGUAUGAGAAGCAACUACGGAAGUUCUUCCCUGAGGACAUGGGUCCAAUUACGAACAUCGAUCCGAUAGGGAAUUCGCCUGUUAUUGUUGGAAAGGAUUCUCUCAACAAAAUAGCUCCCACUUGGAUGAAUGUCUCCUUGGCUAUGAAGAAGGAUCCUGAAACUGAUAAGGCUUUUGGAUGGGUUCUUGAAAUGUAUGCUUAUGCCGUUGCUUCCGCUCUACAUGGUGUUGAUAACAUUCUGUAUAAGGACUUCAUGAUUCAGCCACCAUGGGAUACCGAAGUUGGCAAGAAGUUCAUAAUCCAUUAUACUUACGGAUGUGACUACACUAUGAAGGGAGAACUGACUUAUGGGAAGAUUGGAGAAUGGAGAUUUGACAAAAGGUCUUAUGAUAGUGUCGUUCCCCCAAGAAACCUUCCCUUGCCACCACCUGGGGUACCCGAAAGCGUGGUGACACUGGUGAAAAUGGUUAAUGAAGCCACAGCAAACAUUCCUAACUGGGGAUCGUAAGUAAGUUUGGAUAGAUGUGCUCGAGAAGUAUGUUGACCCGGUACUUAAUUUGAUUCUUACACAAUAUAUUAUACGUUCUUGGAUAUGUAUCAAUUAUCUCGUAUCUGAUUGUAGGCAUAUGUAUCAAAUCUGUGUAAACGUUGUUUGGUUUUUGUGCAAAAUAAAUAGGCUAGCAUUCUCUUCAA